AUGAAAUUCUCAUCGGUCUUCACUUCAGCUGUUUUAGCAGCUUCAGUUCAAUCAGCAACUUUACCAGCUGAUCAAUCAAGUUUCACCACAUUAACUCCAACUGCUUCAGCUCCUUCAGGUGCUGCAACUGAUUUAGAUUCAACUUUUGGUAUUGGUGUUGUUACUGUUGACCCAGCUGCUGCUCAAGCUUCAGGUACUUCAAACUCCAAGAGAGAUGACGGUAAUCCUCAAGCUGAUCCAAAAUCUUAUAUUAAACAAACUACUCAAAAACAAGAUGGUACUUUAUCAAUUAAAUUAGAAAAAUCUGUUUUACAAGAUUCAAAUGGUAGAAUUGGUUCAAUUGUUUCAAACAGACAAUUCCAAUUUGAUGGUCCACCACCACAAGAAGGUGCUAUUUAUGCUGCUGGUUGGUCAAUCACCCCAUCUGGUGUUUUAGCUUUAGGUGAACAAAGUGUUUUCUAUCAAUGUUUAUCAGGUAACUUCUACAACUUAUAUGACCAAAGCGUUGCUGAUCAAUGUCAUCCAAUUAACUUACAAGUUGUUGGUUUCACAAAUUAA